GACCUUGAAGCCAUUGGUGAAGAUUUCUACAGCUCGUUGAACGACCUGACGUUUAAUUCUAGACCAAUCAUAUCAACUUUGACCAUUAUUGCUCAAGAGAAUGUUCAAGCUGCACCAUACAUAACAAGAUCUGUAGAAAGAAGAAUUGAAAAAGCUGUUCCAAAUCAGAAAUUAUUUGCAUUUUACUUGUUAGAUUCAAUAUCGAAGAACGUUGGAAGUCCUUACACUUUAUUAUUUGGUCAAAAACUUUAUCAUACUUUUAUCAAUGCCUUUUUGUUGGUUGAUGAUGCCAACAGAAGAAAAUUCAUAGAUUUAUUCAAAACUUGGAAAUUUGCUAAAACUUCAAGUGGUGCUCCUUUAUUUCCUGAAGAUCCGAUCAAUAAGAUUGAACAUUUUUUAAUCAAGGCUAGCUCAAUAUAUCAAAGCUCUGCACCUCAACAAAAACUUCAAAGAAACUCACCAACUCCUCAAUUUCAACAACAACAACCUCCACAACAACAACAACCUAAUGUCUUAUCUUUAAUUCCAACAGUUGAUCAUUUAUUAGAACUGACAACUCAAAGACAGAAAUUGAAUCCAAAUGAUGAAACAAUUACUAUGAAACUUCAAAUCAUCAAUCAAUUAAAAGUUGUUAUCCAAUCUGAACAAAUGAAUCAACAGCAAUUUUUACAAGUCAAGAGUCAAUUAGAUGAUAUGACCAAAUUGGAGGAAUCUUUUAUCAAGAAAAAUUCACCAAAACCUCAAGCUAGUGCAUUACAAUCAUUGUUAAAACCAUCACCUAGUCCUAUCCCUAUAUUGACUGAUAGCUCAAAGAAUCCAUUAGGUCUAUUAAACAAUGUACUCAAUUUGAAACCACCGAAAAAGGAUCUAUCUUCAUUGAUUUCCAAUUUGGAACAAAAAGGUUUAAUGAAACAAUCCCAAUCAGUUAAUAAACCAUCAAUCCCUUCAAACUCUGUACUUCAAUCAUUAUUAUCAAAACCUUCAUCGAAUACAUCACCAACUGUACCAUCAUCAACAACUACACAAGAAUCUUCAAAUCCUUUCAAAUCUUUCAAACUAGAUUCAAAACUAACAACAGAUACAACAGAAAUUUACGUAAAAUUCUUCAUCACUUCAAAACCAAACAAAUGUGGUACUUGUGGUAAAAGAUUUUCAGAAUCUAUCAAAGGCCAAGCAGAACGUCGUGCUCAUUUAGAUUGGCAUUUCCGUAUAAACAAACGUUUGAAAGAGUCCAAAAUCAUUCAAUCUAGGGCAUGGUAUGUUGAUGAUGAUGAUUUUUGUAAGUUUAGAGAUUGGGAGAUUUUCAAUGGUGGUGAUCAAGAUAAACAAGAUGUUAAAGUUGAAGAGAAGAAGGAAAGAAAAUAUGUUGUUGUCCCUGAAGGUAGUAAUGAUAUGAAUUGUGUUUGUGGUGUUUGUAAGGAAACUAUUAAGGCUGUUUUCAGUGAUGAUUUAGGUGAAUGGAUUUGGGAUGGUGCUGUGAUGAAGCAAGGUCGUGUUUUUCAUGAGAAUUGUUAUGAAGAGAGUUCAAAGAAUAGUAAUGGUAAU